AUGAUUAACCCAGAAUUUUGGAUAUCAGAACUACCAGAACCACUCACUUAUAUUCCUAUUACAAAAUUAGCAAUUCCAGGUACUGUAAAAUAUUUAAUUUGUAUCAAGUUUGUUAAGAGACUGAUGAUGCCCUAAUAGUGUACCUACUGUAUAUUUUUAAUGUGUUUUAUAAAUAAUUUUUAAUGUUUGUAAAAUGUAUAAUCAUUAAAAACAUCCUAGGAUCUCAUGAUUCAUUUUCGUACACUAUCACACCGCAUAGCCAAUUAGGGCCAGAUGCAUCAAAAUUUAUUAAAUAUUUAAACCACUUGUUAGGACCUAUAAUGCGGCGAUUUAUUUACAAAUGGUCCAUCACUCAGAAAUGCAAUAUCCAACACCAACUAAACCAAGGAAUAAGGUAAUUUUAACAACAUUAUAAUAAAGUAUCAUUAUUGUAAAAAUAAAAUAUUUUGACCGUAAAUUAUUCUCAAUAAUAUACAUUAUUGUUCAUUAGGUAUUUUGAUUUACGAAUGGCAACUAAACCAAAUGAUAUCAAUUUUUAUACAGUCCAUGCACUUUAUGGAAAUCCAAUUAUGAAAGAGUUAAGAAAUAUUAAAGCAUUCUUGAAGUCACAUUCCAAAGAAUUUCUUGUUUUAGACUUUCAACAUUUUUACAAUUUCUCAGAAUCUGAUCACAGUCGGUUAUUAUCAAUUUUGAAAUUGUUAUUUCAUAAUAAAAUUUGUCCCUAUUUGCAUUCUAUUGAAAAACUUAAUUUGGACAGAAUGAGAAAAAAUAAUUGGCAGGUAAUAAAAUUGACAAUAUAUAAUAUAUACAGUAGAAUCUCAAUAAGUUGAAAUUCAAAGAGAAUGGUAUUUCCUUUAACUUACUAAGAUUUAUGAAAAAAAAAAGUACACUAAUUAAUUGCAACCAACAAUACUAAAAGUAGUGACAAUAAAUACAAUAAAAGCAAUUAAUUGUUAAAUAAUCAGUUUACAUAAUCAGUUGUUUGUAAAGAUCAACAAUAAGUAAUCAUUAUUAUCCAUAUAUAUUCAAAACGCAGAAUGUUUCAAGUUAUUACAGUUUUUUUUUCUGAUUACUUAUUUUUGAUUAAUAGAGAUUUACGGAAGUAAACAGAAAUUAUUUACACUUAUUGCAAAUUUUGACUUAGAAAGGUCCCAUUGUAUUUAUGUAUAUUAUACACAAUAUGCAUUUAAAUUUUUUAAUGUUUGUAAUUAUGAUUAUAGGCUGUAUAAUAAUGAAUUAUUUACCCUUAAAUUAAAAUUAAACAUCUAACAUUUAUAUACAUUCAAUUAUUGUAAUUAAAUAUUAAUAUUUAUAAUUUCAUUUUUUUUAAAAUAAUUAUCUAUCUUUAUAACAAUUAACAUUAUACAGUACAUCCAAAUGUUAUUCUCCUCCAAUAAAUUAGUAAAUUCUUUCAAAGUAUUUACUAUUUUUCAAUUUCAAACAAUUAUUAUAAUUUUUUAAAUUUUUUGUUGCAGUCUUUUAAAUUAAAUAUCUAAUGUCUAUUUAUGUAACUCACAUUUUUAUGAAAUUAUAAAAUAUUAUUUAUUAUUUACAGGUAAUAAUUAUUUAUAGACAUAAUAAUAUUAAGGAUGAUAUAUUUUGGCCAUCUUCGCACUGGCCAACACCGUGGCCGCAAACUACUUCUUAUAAGAAAUUAAUACACUUUUUAGAGUGUGGUCUCAAACAAAGAAAACAAAAUGCAGGAUAUGUAACUCAAUGCUUAUUUACUCCCGAUAUAAAAUUUAUACUAAGAUAUUUUUAUUUAAAUCUUCAAACUUGUUGUUAUCCAUUGAAUAUUAAAUUACCUACAUGGAUAAUUAAUCAAAAAGCAGGUUCCGAUCAUGGUGUAAAUGUAAUAAUUGCAGAUUUUAUCAAUACAUAUGGAUUUAACUUUUGUGAUAUUGUUAUUCAACUGAAUUAUAAAUAUUUGAAUACUGAUAAAUAA